CAGGAAAUGGGAUGGGGCCGAGUUCCGGGCGCCGGGCGGCCUCUGAAGAGAGCGGAGCGUGGCAGCUGGAAGCCGGGGAGGCAAAGCCAUGUUCCGGAUCGAGGGCCUUGCGCCGAAGCUGGACCCGGAGGAGAUGAAACGGAAGAUGCGCGAGGAUGUGAUCUCGUCCAUACGGAACUUCCUCAUCUACGUGGCCCUGCUGCGAGUCACACCUUUUAUCCUAAAGAAAUUGGACAGCAUAUGAAGAUGGGCAUCACAUGUGAAUGCAUGAUAUGAGGAACCCAGUUACAAUUUCUACUCCUAUCUGCAAAUGAACAGGCCCAGAAAGAUGUAAGAGACUCUUUGAUUGAAUGGACAUAAAAAUUCUACUUGUUAAGAACAAGUUUGGCUCUGGUAACUGACCUUAAUAGCUAAAAUUUAAAACUACUUGGGAAGUAAAGACAUCUUGGGUGAUAAUACACCCAUAUGCCUGUGAUGUUCAGCCUCUGUGAAUGUUGAUAUAAUUGUAAGUAAUGUCAAACUCCAUUUUCUGGCAAGUAUUAAUUAUAAGGGAAUUAUGUCUACAAUAGCACUGUCUUGUUAGUCAUUUCUGUUUACCUUUCACUUUGGUCCGGAGUAUAUAUGUUGAAGAGUUCCUUGUGAUUAGUUAGUUUUACAGAAGCCAGCACACAGCCACAACAACACUUAAGCACAGGACGUUCAGUCUGUAUUUUUAAAGUAGCAACUAAGAAAAAAAUCAGGAUUUUAUUUCUCUUAACCUACUUUUUGCUGCAGACCUCUGUAAUAUUGUAAUUAUUAUAAACUACAUUAAAUUGAGUUCCUCUUGUUUUGGACUGAAGGAUUUGCUGAUGCUGAUAAAGUGACAUCAUUUUAUUAAGUAGUCUUUGUGAAAGGCAACAUUACUGUUUGAUGCUGGGAAUCUAUAAAUGCUAUUUGUUUUCUUUUCCUAGGCUUCAUUUUCUGUAAACUUACCACGAAAUCAACUAGACUCUUUGCCAUAUAUCUAAAUUAAUCACAAUGUUCAGUUUCACUAGGCAUGCUGUUUCAUCUUCCAAAUAAGUCUUUCCUGGAGCUUUCGGACCUGUCCCAGUCUGGACUGUGGUCUGCUGUGCCUGAUACAGGCUGUAUUCUGGGAUCUCCCUUCACUGCAAUCCUGGGAAUUCCUUUUCCUCUUCUCUCAUGUUGGAUAUCUUUUUUUUUCCCCCCUGUAUCUUGUUUUCUUUAUCUCAUGACCAGUAUGCAUUUGAGUCUGUGUAUUGAGUACAGUCCCUCUGCCCAUAACUGCCUAGCAUCCCACAAUCCAGAGAACCCUCUAUUUUACCCUUUUUAGAAAAUAAACUUAUAAUUUGGGGAAGGAGCUGGGCAAUAGAGGCUGCUUAGCUACGUAGGGUUGCAGAGAGCAUUCUGAAUACUUAAACCUUCAACCAGUCCUUAUUUUAGUGUCUACCCCUUCACUCCUACUUCCAAAGGUAGAGGAAAGCACCAGCUCCUGAACCUUUUAGGGAUUCUCUGAUGUAAGUUGGGUUGUUUGUUUUGCUUUUCUACUGCUGACUCAGGAUUCAAUUUUCUCUGGGGCUACCAUGUUAUUUACUACUUGUCCAUCGGCUUUCCAACUUCUAGCUCUUUGCUGCUAUUGUCUCCUCUCUUCCCAUUCUUUUAGAUUUAUGCCUUAAAAUGAAAAUCUUUGCUGUCGUUCAGUGGAAUUUCAGGAGGCAGUGGAAGUAGCUGCAUGUGCUCCAUGUACCAUCUUUACCCAAAGAGCAUGUAUUUUUACCCUGUGAUGCUGUGUUUCAUGUUGGUAAUUUAUAUGCAUUCCUGACCUACGGAGGUGUGGUAGACAGCACCACGGUCACGAUCACUGGCUCUGAAGACAAGCAGACUUGAUUUUAUAUCCUGAUUCCAACACGUAGAAGAUGGAUGACUUUUAGCAACUGAACCUCUAUAUCUCAUUUUUUCACCUGUAAAAUUAGCGUAGUGGGAGCAUCUGUCUGCUUCAAAGUGUGUAAGGAUAAAGUAAGAGAAUGCAAGUGGAGCCACGAGCACAGUGUCUGACAUUUGGUAAAUGCUAUUUAUUGUUAAUGGUUGGUGUUUGGUAUAAGGUGAUUAGAAGUGAUUUGUACUAGCAGCCCCUGCAUUAGUAGGUUUCAUUCUUAUUUUCAGAUAUUGUGAGAUAGCAUGUUUAUAUUCUAAUUGUAUACAAACUUCAACAUUAGCAAACAUUUAAAUUCACUGUCUAAUAACUGUUAAUUUUACAGAUGAGUUUGAGACUCUGGAAGAUCCGGUAGCUAAUAAAUAGUAGCUGUCCAAGGUU